AUGAGUAAUAACAAAGAAGCACGGUUCCCGAAGCCAAUCCGAUCAGAUCCUAGUAAGAGGGAUCCCAGUUUAUGGUGCGAAUACCAUGGGACUCAUGGCCAUAGAACUGGGGACUUCCGACAUCUUCAUAAGGAGGUGGCGACAUUGUUUAAGAAUGGAAAUCUCAAGGAGUUUUUAAGUGACCGAGCCAAGAACAAAUAUGGCCGAAGCUGUGACAAUACAGAGCCUUCGAAGGUAGCAGAAGGCUCCCCUCGGCUAACUAUCAACAUGAUUUUCGGAGGAAAUAAAGUCAAUGGUGUAACCUUUUCAGCAGCAAAGAAAAUGAAGAUAUCAGUGACUCAUAACAAGAGUUUUCGGGAAGUCGCAGAAGAUGACAUCACUUUCACAGAGGAAGACGCUGGCGAACUCCUUAUGCCAUACAACGACGCUUUGGUAAUCUCUCUCAAUGUUUUAGAUUUUAAAAUUAAGCGUGUUUUGGUUGAUCCAGAAAUUUCAGCCAACAUCAUUCAAUGGAGAGUUCUGGAAAGAGUGAAACUGACCGGGAGCACUAUUCCAGCGACAAAACUCUUAGAUGGAUUCAACUUGACAAGUUUGACAACCUAA